AUGGGGAGGUGGAGGUCUUUGCUGCUGUUGUGUGCACUUUGUUUGUCGGAGACUACCGGAGAGCCGACAAAAAAUGAUGAUGAGGUCAACCUCGUGAGUUUCCUGAGAGGAAUCUAUGCCGGACUCUUGCUGAGGGAUGACCCGUUGGUCCUCAACACGGAUUUUGGGAUAAACUCACUUGCUUCGGAAAGAUCACAGAGCUUCUCGUCCUCACAAGAAAGUGAAAAUGAGGACAAAGCAGUCAAAAAGACCGACAUUGGCCCAUUGGUGAUGACCAAAAACGGGCCAAUCAAAGGGAUUACGACAGACAAGGCCCAUAUAUUCUACGGGAUACCAUACGCGGACCCCCCGGUUGGGUCAUACCGAUGGAAGCCACCUAGACCUGUAAGUCCUUGGAAGGCGGUUUAUGAUGCCACCUUCCCACGGGCUGCGUGCAUGCAGGGUUGCAGAGGACCAAUUGCUGCGGAGUGUCCACAAAAUGUCAGCGAAGACUGCCUCUAUCUGAACAUCUUUGCUCCCCGAGAUGUGAACUUCAGUUCUCCACUGAGUAAUCCGCUUCCGGUGAUGGUGUGGAUCCACGGCGGCGAUUUCAUCGCCGGUUCAGCCUCAAAACCGCUGUACGACGGUCGCUUCAUGAGCAACUUCACCCACACUAUAGUUGUCAACCUGGAGUACAGACUAGGCGCCUUCGGAUUCCUCGUGUCCGGUAAAGACGCAAAGAUGUCAGCGGUGGGAAAUUACGGGAUUCUGGACCAGCAAGCGGCGCUUCUUUGGGUCCAACGGAACAUUGCGACGUUUGGAGGUGACCCCGGCAAGGUAACCCUAUUCGGAGAGAGCGCCGGUGCUCAGUCUGUCAGUCUUCACCUGAUGAUCCAAAGCAGCAAACCUCUGUUCAAGCAAGCAGUUCUACAGAGUUUACCUUUCUCCAUCCCUCUCAAAACCAGACACGACGCCCUGAAGCUCGGAAAGGAAUUUGCAAAAAAGACCAACUGCUCCGUCGGCGACAUCGUCUGCCUGCUGUCGCUCACGCCGCAGGCCGUCCUGGAAGCGCAGAUGAAAACAAGUUCCAAGCUCGUAAACCCAUUCAGAUUCCUGGAGGUCUUCGAAACAUGGGGUCCCUUCAUUGAUGGUGAGCUCAUCAAGGAGCAGGCGGUCACCGCUUUCCAGAAAGGCCACUGGCACGCGGAAAAACCGGUAUUGCUAGGUACAACCUCAGAGGAAGGUGUGAUCUUUGUGUAUGGCGUUUUUAGCAAGCCGGUGUCCGCCUUGGAGUCCAUCAUGUACGUCACGGCGAUCUUCAAACAACACAGCCUGAGGAUUUUGCACAAGUAUCUGCCUCUCUACAGAGACUCUGAUCGGAGAAAUAUGUUGGCUCAGAUAGUCACAGAUUUUGUCUUCCUGUGUCCAUCACGGAGGUCAGCGCGUGCCGCCACAGAAGCUGGCAGCAAAACGUGGAUGUACGUCUUUGACCACGUGACCUCAGACCCCCGCGUCUGGUCCGGUCUGACCUUCUGCUAUCGACACGUCUGUCACGGCGCCGAGUUGCCGUUCGUUUUCGACUCGGCCCCCGUGGCCGGCUUCGCCCUGACGCCCGCCGAGAAGCUGCUGUCCAAUCGCGUGCUGUGUCACUGGGGCGCUUUCGCCCACACGGGCGACCCGUCCUCAAGGUUCCGUCAGACGACCUUUUGCCGGGAGCAACGCCUGCCCGUGUGGCCUCGCUAUUCGGACACGAGCGGAUGGCUGGUCAUGAACUUGACAGUGCGUUCGCACGCGCAAGUGGGGACCAGGAACCACGUGUGCGAUUUCUGGGACCAUCUGGGUAUUUACUAA